UCACUGAGACCUCGCGGUGGCAGCCGGGACGUCGGCGGACUGUGUGCUGCUCAGGAAGGUGCGUGUCCCCAGUGUCCGCUCCGGUCGCCCGGUUAGGAAUGAGCCUCACGGAACCGGUGUGUGCUGUUAAAUCUGAAGAACCAGCAGCGGGGACCGUGGUCUGAGAAGAGUCAUGGUUUGGCAGAGCUUCCAGCAGCAGUAACGUGAAGUUUGAUUGAGCUAGCUGGCGUUAGCCCGCUUCGUUGAUUCAGAUCACGCUGCUAGGUCGUUAGCUUCAGUCGGUAGCUUCUUAGCUAGCCGGCUAGCUAGCUCGUUAGCUAGUCUCUGUGUGCUGCUGGUCGACCCAGUCACACAGCAGAGAACCAGACUGACUGUUGAACCCAACCUGCAUCUCGGGACGAGGAGGAGGUGGUGGCAGGCGGGAGCUGGGAGAACGCGAAGGGGGUGGAAGUGAGUCAGGAGCGGCUGAUGAGUUCAGACCAGAGCGGAGAGCCGCCGCUGCUGCAGGAGGAGGCUGAUCCCGGACCGAAGACCGGUGGGAAGGACGAGGCUCUGCUGGGGAGCGAGGGAGGGUCAGGCGGCAUGGUCACCUCUAAGGGCGCUGGUUUGAACCCAAAUGCCAAAGUGUGGCAGGAGAUGCCCGUGGCUUCCAGUGAGGCUGUUACCAACAGUCCUCAUUGGCCGCCCUCCGACAUCAGUGAAGGUUAUUCUGAGUCCUCGUCCGCUGGGUGCAAGCAGUACACUGUGGGAUUCACGGCCCUGGAUGACAGCAGCUCCACAGCAACAGCUGAGAUAGCAGUUAAUGGAAUGGACCCUCCAGAGUUGGGAUUUUCCCCCGCCGAGCCCACCACAGGGACGUCAGACUCCAAAGCUGAAGAACAACCAAUCUCCUCUGAGAAUCUACGAGAGUCUCUGAAGAAAGAGCUUGAGUUCUAUUUCUCAAGGGAGAACCUCUCUAAGGAUUUGUACCUGAUGUCCCAGAUGGACAGUGACCAAUUUGUCCCUAUCUGGACUAUAGCCAGCAUGGAGGGCAUCAAAGUCCUCACCACAGACAUGGACCUCAUCCUGGAUGUGUUGAGAUCCUCACCGAUGGUACAAGUGGACGAAAAGGGGGAGAAGGUUCGUCCUAAUCACAAGCGGUGUAUUAUCAUUCUGAGGGAGGUCCCUGAAACAACACCUGUUGAGGAAGUGGAGUCUCUUUUCAAAAAUGACAACUGUCCAAAGGUGAUAAGUGUUGAGUUUGCACACAACAACAACUGGUACAUCACAUUCCAAUCAGACACAGAUGCUCAACAGGCUUACAAGUACUUGAGAGAGGAAGUAAAAACAUUUCAGGGAAAACCCAUAAUGGCCAGGAUAAAGGCCAUCAACACAUUCUUUGCAAAGAAUGGCUACCGUAGCAUGGACAGCAGCCUCUACGCUCAGCAGUCCCAAAGCCAGUCCCAGUACACUUCUCCUCUCUACAUGCAGCACGUCUACCCCCAGCAGCAGUACCCUGUCUACGGCAUCGUACCUCCCACCUGGACGCCUUCACCCACACCGUACUUUGAAACUCCUCUGGCACCGUUCCCCAACAGUAGCUUUGUAAAUGGAUUUGGCUCUGCUGGACACUACAAAACCGGUUCAAACUCCCUUAAUAUCACUCGCCCAUUCAACAGAAACCGUGUCCCCCUCUAUUCAAGAAAGAAUGUAAUAAAUGCCUUCAGAAACCACGUGAAGCCCCAGGUGAGAACAGGUGACGUGACCCCAGCGCCUAUAACUCCUGUCCCAUUGGAGAGUCUGACUGGAUUGCGCAGUCCGCAACCCCCAACUCCUGUUGCUGCAGCAACCACUAAUGCAGUCCAGUCGGCCUCAGACUUGAGCUCAGCGUUCUCUCAUCUCUCCUCCUCUUCCUCCUCUCUGGACCCGAGUGAUGACAGCAGCAUGGCUGGACGGGGAAGACGGAGCACAACAUACAGAGGAACCCGAAGGAGGCGAGAAGACGACCGGAUUGCGAGGCCCAUACCGCUAGCAGAGGUCAAAGUUUCUCCCCCCAAGUUUGACCUGGCUGCUACCAAUUUCCCACCUCUUCCGGGUUGUGUGGUCAGCACACAGGGGGAGCCGGUGCUGGAAAACCGAAUGUCAGACGUUGUACGUGGCUUGUACAGAGACAAGACUGAACAAGCCAAUAAAGAAGCCACUGUGAGCCCAGCUACAGGCCCAGCCCCGGUCACACAAGAGACUGUGGCUGUCUCGAGUCCAGCUCAGGCUGCCGUAAAAUCUGCUACACAACCACUUGGACCUCCAUCCACUGGCAUCACUCGUCCGGAGAGAAGGGUUGAACGUGCGGAGCCCCCAGCUCCAGUUCCAAAAGCGACUCUACGUGCCCCAGUUCAGACAACUGUAAACCCAUCUUCCCCCGCCUCCACCUCAACCACUUCUUCCUCACAGCCUGUGCCUGCCUCCAGGCCUCAACCCUCUGCUGCCUCAACCCCAGUGACACCCAUCACGCCGGCCCCUGCUACAGCUCCUGUUUCCGCUCCUGCACAGGAACCUCGAAAGCUCAGCUACGCCGAGGUUUGCCAACGGCCACCCAAGGACCCUCCCCCUGCUACCCCUACUCCAGCUUCCUCGGGCACCGCUUCGGGCCAGCCGCUACGCGAGCUGCGCGUGAACAAAGCGGAGGAGCCGGGCUCCAGCAGCGGAGACAAGCAAGAGAGAAGCCACGACAGGGAGGGAGGAUGGGAAUGCAAGGAGAGCCGGCCACCACGUGAACGUGACUCUCAAGGCUACUACCGCAGCAACGGCCCUAGAGGCAAUGGGGGCCUCAAGUUUCGGGAUCAGAGGCGCCCUCCUCCGGCUCGACGCAGCUCCCCCCAAGGAGGAUACCGGCACACUGGCAAAGAGCAGAAUAUCCCACCAGUAUCGCCAAAGUAAAAACUGAUGAUGAAUAGAAAAAAGAUGUAUGAAUAUAUACAUGGAUAUAUAUAAUUAUAUAAAAAUGAAUAACAUAAAAGCAACAACAUUAUGGUAGCCACCUUCCCCUCCUGGAACUUGUCGAGAGAAAAGCUUUUAAAAUGACAUUAAGACCGGGACAUCCAGGACUAACGGGCAAAAUGACACCUGAAGAACUUUGAGUGAUUUGAAAAGGAAUAUCUUAUUCUGGCCUCCAGCAGUAUGCUUAAACCAAUUUAAGUGCGAUUUAUCUGGAGGCUCUCAUUUAUGCUCUGCUAGGGAGAGGUGGGAUGCUGGGCCGCUUAAAUGGCCCUCUACCUUUUUUUGAUUUUAAUGAAUAGAUGUCUGCAAGAACAAUAUGCACUAAGAAGAAAAGAACAUGCAUAUAUGUCAUGUACAUAUACAAAGACAUCACUAACACGCAAUGAGACAUCAGUUUGUUUUUUUCUUGUGUGCUUAGGUUUGCAAGUAUGACUGAAGGGUUGACUGAUGUCUGUGUAUGCAUUGAUUGUUAAGCAAAUGAUUGAAGUGCUGCAGUGUGCUGUGGCACUGAUGUAAUGAAAUGGAUGAUUAUAUUUGAUUUUUACAUCAGAGAUUCAGAAUCAUUGUCCUGCAACUGGACAGUGUGAUCUUCUAAUGUAUAUUAAUGAAUUGUGUUCUAUGGUGUGGAAUUUUGAUCCUGGUUCAUAAUUGGCUUAAAUUGUAUCAGUCCGAUAUCAGAAGCUGUUGACGUAUGCCGCAGUCAGAUGUGUGGUUUUGUUUGAAGCCGAAAUCCACUUUGGGGGUGCUCGUUGGCCUAUUAGCCACAGUGAACCUGCUCGCCUGGUCCAAAGUUUUUCGUGUUAAGUUUUUAUCUCUCUGAACCGAACACUCUGAUUUAGAUCAUUGUCAUGUUGAUAAUCAGUCAGGUUCUCUGUUUACAUGUUUGUUUGGGUGUUAGGUUGAUGUUUUCUAAGAGAGAAUAGGUUGAAAAGGUGAGAUUUGACUGAUCAGUGCGCCUGAAGGUUUAGGUGAGGUUUGGCUUUUCUACAUCAUCACAGGAUAUCCAGGUUAAGCUUAUAUCUGUGAAUUGUUCUUAACAAUGGCAUAGUGUCAAAAAUAGACAAAGGAGUGCUGUUAGCUAAAGAUGAUAGCUACGUAAUAUUUGGCAGCCAAGUUGUGGGUAUAAAGAAAAUUGGGACAUUUUCACGUGCUAUGUGCCAGCUGCCUACGAUCAUAGUGUGCUAGGAUACAGUUUGAUUUUUAUUGACGAGGUCUGCUAAAUGUAGUUUGGGGAACUUUUGGCCCAGUGAAACUGGAUUUUGACAAAGCGUAGAGGUGUAGUUGCCGAUGCUAUAUUGUAAAACCCUUCACUAGAAAUGUGUGUGGGAGAAUGUAACUGUUCUAGUACUGAAUUUUCAGAGGGAGGUUUUGAUCGCAGGUAUCCACCAGAUUGUUUUGUGCUUUUAGGGUGAGUUUGCUUGUUUGUUUUUAUUGUUUAUUUUUCUUUUCUUUUUUUAAUUAUUUUUUUUCUGAAAAACAAACAGAUUGACUUAGAAUUUGAAGUUUGACUCACUGUAUGUAUUGCUUUUUAAAUUUAUUUAUUUUAAUUCUGAUGCACAACGCUUUUCUCCCAAUCUUGGUAGGCUGGUUUCCCCAAAGUUGUGUGAAAUCGCAUUGGCAGAAUAAAAUCACGCAUAUGACAUUUAUAUACUGGUCUGGAUGUCAGCUGAGCGGAAAAAAAAUACUUGAUGCAUUGACUUUGGGUUUAGAAAUGCAGUAAACAAAUAACCAAUCACUGGGGUUGUAUUUCUUUUUCAUUAAUGAGUAUGAGCAGCUAGUGGAUUAGUAUAAUUAAAUAAAUGCACUAACUUGUUUUUAAAAAAAAAAGAAUCUUACUCAUGAGUAAUGUGAAAUCAUUUUAGAAGCAUAUGGUUGAUGUUGACAGGCUUGCAAAUACCUACAGGAAUUGCUCCCCCCUCCAUAUGUUUGGGUUAUUUUUUGUUAAUUUGGGUCGGGGUGGCAAAAAGGAAAUAUAGUAAUGGAUAAACCAAGUGUUUGAGACACAAUCCUAGAACUGUAUGAAAUGUCACCAAAAAUAAAUUAUUUUGAUUUGGC